CGCAAGUUCAGGAGGCACUACACAAGUUCGCAAGUUGGAUGGGAAGACCCAGAAGUGUGCGCUGUAUCGGUGACAGACUGUGAAGACCGAAAUAAAGCGACGAACCACGCACGUGUUGCAGGAGACGGGCAAAGCCUCUAGGGGGCCAUGUCAGGCGGCAGCAGUGCUAACAACAGCUGGACCAUCCUCACUCCUCAGGAGACUGUUGCUGAAACCCUGAGGCCUUUGGCAGAGGGGACGGAGCAUCAUGAAGAAAGCCUUACGUCUGCAGCAGGUUCUGGGGAGAACCAGCCUGCAAGCUGUGCAGAGUCUGCAGAGCGGCUUCCUGUGGACGGCCACCUGGUAUCAGAAGAAAUAACUGCAGAGCUAAGUGGAGACACAAGCACAGAGCAACACACUGAUGCUUCUGUUCCCACCUCUUCGGAAGUCUCAGACAGCGCCGUUGCUGGCAAGGAUGCACUCAGCCAAUCAGAGGGCCUACCUGAGGGCACGACACUGUCGGGCCCUGACCCCGAUUCAUUUUCUGACUCCUACAGCCACAUAAUCCCCUCCCCAGAUGAGCCCUCAGCCUCGCUGCUGAGCACAGAGACUCUGGGAGGGGUGGAGUUUACACAGGAAGAAGAGGGUCCCACACAGGAAGGAACUCAUCAUCUGCUGAACAGGGAGGAGCUACAACAGAGAGGGGAGGAGUCAGACCUGUUUCCAAAAACAACUGACUUAUGGAAACAGGCAGACUCCCUUGUGGAUUCAGAGGUGGAGGAGGGGAGAACUGAGAAGACAGGAGAGGAGGCCGAGCCAGAGCUGAGGAGAAGGAGGUCUCUUUUAGCAGUUCUGGAGCGGAUCGGAAGGACAGACGAGGAAGAGGAAGGAGAGGAAGAGUUCCAGCUACCACAGCGGGAGGUGGACAGCGGGUUGUCUGUGAACAAAUGCAUCCUGGGUGCUGUCAUUCUGUUAGGCAUUGGCACCAUCUUUUUCUCAGGUGUCUUCAUGGACCUAGAUGAGGAGAGUGACUAUGGCACGAUGGAGCUGAAGGAUGCACAGGCACCAGGAAAACAGGAGUUGCUUAAUCCCGAGGUUCCUCCAGUCCCAGUAGAUACUGACAGUUCAGAGCUUCUAAAUAAGUUAGCCGAAGGGAAGCCGCAGAUCUCUGUGCUACAAGCCCGACUUCAGGAACAUAAUGAAGCCACGGUACAGGCAGAAGAGGGAGCACAGGAGCAACUGCAGUGGGAGGAGAUGAAGAAGGAAAAUAGUAGGUUGAAGAAAGAGAUGGCAUCUCUCCCUGUCCUUCAGAAAGACAACAAGAGGAUGAAGAGAGAGCUGGAGUGUGUCCCGGCCCUACAGAAAGAACUAGAAACACUGAGAUCCACUGUGACUGAAUUAAAACUCCCCUCAGCAGCCACUGAAGCUGCUCAAGCAGCUGUGCAGCGAGUCACAUCGCCCCCGAGUGGCCAGCCAGAGAACAGCAUGCAGGACUCAGCUGGAUCUACAGAGACACAGUCUAAGAAGCCAAGGGAUGAUCAGCAGGAGAAGGGGAAAUAUGUAAAGAAGGAUACAAUUGACAUUGAUGAGAGGAAGGAGAGAAAUAAAUCUGAAUGGAAGGAAGGAGAGAAGAGGGAGCGCAAAGAUGGAGGUAAAACAGAAUGGAAACAGGGAAACCAUGAGCAAGGAAAGUUUGACAAGGAGAACGAUAAGGAUGGCAAGCAAAAGAGACACGGUGAUGAGACCAUCAAAUUGAAGGAGAAGGAGUGGAAGAAAGAAAAGACUAGCAGAGGUGAUGAAGGAAAACCAUGGAAGGAUAAGGAAGGGAAUAAAGAGUGGAUAGAAAAGAGUGAGAGAAAAGAAAGGAAGGAGGAGAAAGACUGGAAAAAGGGAAAUCAUGAGAACCUGAAGGAUGGUAAACAAUGGAGGAGUAAGGAGGAAAAGAAGGAUUGGAAGGUAGGAAAAGACCAUGGAGGAAAGCACAGGGGCAAGGAGGAAGAGAAGGAAUGGAAGGUAGGAAAAGACCAUGGAGGAAAGCACAAGGGCAAGGAGGAAUGGAAGGAAGAGAAGGAAUGGAAGGUAGGAAAAGACCAUGGAGGAAAGCACAAGGGCAAGGAGGAAUGGAAGGAAGAGAAGGAAUGGAAGAAGGGGAAAGAUGGCUUUGAAGAAAGUGGCAAGGAGAAAUGGGGAAAAAAAGAUUUGAAGAAGAAAGAGUUGAAGAAAAAUGAUGGCGACUGGAAGAGUAAAAAUGGCAAAGAUCGGAGUAAAGAAGUAAAGGGUGAAAGGAAGCAGUGGGAAGAGAAUAUAAAUCAUGGUAAAGAGAGGAAGGGGAAGAAUGAGAGGAAACAGUGGAACGCGAAAGAGCGGAAGAGUAAAAAUGGCAAAGAUGACGAAGAGUGGAGGAAGAAAGACGAGAGGAAACCGUGGGAAAAAGAUGAAUCGUGGAAGAAAGACAAAAAACCCAACGGAGAUUGGAAAAAGGACAGAUCAAGCUCCCAGAGUCACAAAGAUGAGCACAAACGUAAAGUUGAUCACGGCCAUAGAGAAGAGCAGAUGUGGGGGGACGCAAAGCUUCCUCACACACACAGCCGGCCCUCCCAGGAACAGCCCGAGUACUGGGACCAGCAGAGACAUCGCCUCCAGCACAACUCCAAACCACCACAGCAGUGCAGCUCAGUGGAGACGUGCGCUCACACUGAGGAGCUGCUCCCCGUCCCCUUCCCCGAGUUUGAGGUCGUCCUCCAAACCUACCUGGCCAAGGCAGAGGAGGCCGGGGUGGAGGAGUCCAAAAGAGAAGAGCUCCGAAAGCUUGCCGCCGAGUUCUUCAGGGACGGCGUCUUUGUGCACGACCAGACGAGCUUUAAAGAGUUCGUCAAAGAUCUGGGAGACAUCCUGGAAGACAUGGUGGAAGGAGACGACGAAGCGGAGGAAGAGGAUAGUGACAAAGAGGACGAAAUGGAGGAGUUUGAAAGGGAAGUCAUGAAAAAGUUUUCCGUGCCAGGAGCCGUAGAGAAGGAGUGGAGGAAAGAGAGCGGCCGAGGUCGUGGCUGAUGAAGUGAUGCAAUUGACGGAUCUAAAAUAGCUUCUAGCAAUACUUUACCUACAAAAUGACCUUUUUUCUUUUCAGAAUAUCAAUUACUCACCUUGUGUUACCUUGACGAAAUGUUAUUCUCACGCAGCUCCACAGUGAACGAAACAACAAAACUGAGAACAGUCAUGAUUUGAAAAACCCCCCAAAACAACGUUUUCUUCAAGAUUUCCAGGUAAACACAGUGUGAGUAAUUGAUAAACAAAUGGCCAUCUUGCGGGUGAAGUAUAAGAGCAGCCAUGACGGAUGAGGGGUUAUUCAAAGGGAACCUUUUAUAUUGGACCAUCAACGCUUACAGGCAUACAUCUAUCAUCCUCUCACCCUUUUUACAGGAUCUCAUUUUACCCCUUCCUUCUGUCCAAGAAGUUCAACUUAAAAUGUAAAGUCACACUAGAACUUAAUAAUGGAGAACGAGCGUGCAUCUAAAUAAUGUUUUGGGAUGGACUUAAGACAGAAGAAGAUAAGAGGCUACAGAUACUAGUGAAGCAUAAUGCACACAUUACAUAUCCUUCAAGUACUCGAUCCAUAAAACCACCCCUCAUCUACACAAGGGGAUUGUGACUGAGCCCCUGCAGGUAGUGAAGUCUACCUAUUUAGCCUGGCACUUACUGUCAAGCAUACAUUUAUAGAAAGGGUGUUUUAUGUGAAUUUAGAGAAGUCUGCAUUGAUUUUGUUUUAAAUGUACAUAUCGCUUUAAAUGUGUCUUGAAACUUUGCAGACAUAUAUAAUUAACUUAUUUUCUAGAGGUUGGCGUUAAAUCUAAAUAUAUUUGGUUGGCACAUAAGAUAUCAACAGUGUUGAGAAUGUUUGUGUCUUUUCAGGUCCACAACUCAUGUGCACUAAAAGGUUGCUUAAUUGUUUUAUCAUGAAUGUAGCAUUUGUUUCUAAUUGAUUAGGUUGGUCGUGGCUCUGAAGUCGUGGCACGUAGUUUCCAGAAAAGCAUGUUUUUCUGUCUGUUUACAUGCUAACUUAUUAAUUUAAGGGCCUUCCGCCACAUAGCAGUUCUUUUCCAGAGGCCGCCGAUGCAGAAACACGUUACGUGGCUUUGUGGCAGCUUAGAGGACAUUUUAGAACUUUUCUUUUUCUUUUCUUUUUGGGGAUGUCCAUAUUUGGCCCUGUUCCUGUCACAAAAGCAGUUUAAUAAAUGUUGGUGCAUCCCUGUCAUAAAAUAACUGUCUUUUGUCUCAU